AGGAAGGAGAGUGGAGAAUCCCAAGGAAGAAGAGUGGAGAAUCCCAAGGAAUGGAGGAGAAUCCCAAGGAAUGGAGGAGAAUCCCAAGGAAGGAGAGUGGAGAAUCCCAAGGACGGAGAGUGGAGAAUCCCAAGGAAGGGAGGAGAAUCCCAAGGAAGGAGAGUGGAGAAUCCCAAGGAAGGAGAGUGGAGAAUCCCAAGGAAGGAGAGUGGAGAAUCCCAAGGACCUCCUCAGCUCUUCCGGCGCUGUGGUGAGGACCACAGCUUCCAGAGUGGACCUCCUCAGCUCUUCUCCACCCAAAGGACAUCGGUGGAGCUCUCGGAGAGAGCUUCCGGAGCUCUCUCAGUUGGCGCUGAGGAGAACAUCACCUGAGGUGGAUGAAGAUCUUCUGCCUUAUGGUCUUCUACGGAGUUUCCGGGGCUGUUUUCCGGUGGGCAGGAGGGAAAAAUGUCUUUCCUGAAGGAACGGUGAAGUCCUGGAAGAGGACACCUUGGAAGCGGUGGAAUUCCGAUCCCUCGGAAGGGCUUCCAAACCCAAGUGGUGGUUUGGGAUAUGGUGGCGUUGGGUUGAUGGAUGGAGUUGGCGAUGGUCCAGGGCUUCUCCAACCUUCUCGUUCCCAUCAUUCCCAGCCUCAAAGGUUGGAAAGGAUCCAUCGGAUCGUGAAUUCCGUGGUUUUUCUCUCCGGAAGGGAAUAUUUACGGUGUGGUUUUGCUCUUUCAGGGUCACAGAUGGCGGCUUUUACGUCGCUGAGGUUCUCGGUGGAACCUUCGGACGCCGUCACGGUGCGCGGAAGCGAUGUCCUCCUCGAAUGCCGAGCGGAAUCCCAUCCGGCAAAUCCGGUGACGGUGAAAUGGAAGAAAGAUGGCGUCUUCUUCAACCUGGCGGUAGACGAAAGGAGGAGACAAUUCCCUAACGGAUCACUCCUGAUCCAAAAUGUGGUCCAUUCCCGGCACCACAAACCCGAUGAAGGGCUCUAUCAGUGCGAAGCAUCCCUGGAAGGCAUCGGAGCCAUCGUCAGCCGCGCGGCCAAGGUGACGGUCGCAGGACCGUUGCGGUUUCUUUCCCAGACGGAAUCUCUCACGGCAUUCAUCGGAGACACCGUCCUCUUGAAGUGUGACGUCAUCGGAGAGCCUUCCCCCGUAGUGCGAUGGCAACGCAACCAAGAGGAUUUCAUUCCGAGCGUCGCGGAUCCACGGAUUGCCGUCUUACCUUCCGGAAGUCUCCAGAUCAGUCGGAUCCAAGAUGGAGACAGCGGGAUCUACAGGUGCCUGGCGAAAAAUCCCGCCAGCUCCAAAACCGGGAAUGAUGCCGAAGUCCGAGUUUUAGCAGAUCCAGGAUUCCAGAGGCAACAGUUUUUCCUGCGGCGCCCAUCGAACGUGGUGGCCAUGGAAGGGACGGAUGCCGUUCUGGAAUGUUGCGUUUCCGGAUCUCCCUCUCCCACCUUCACGUGGCUCCGAGGAGAUGAAGUUCUUCCCAUCAGGUCGGGAAAAUAUUCCUUAUUGGCCGGAAGUAACCUCCUCAUCUCCAACGUGACCUCCGAUGACUCCGGGACCUACACCUGCGCGGUCACCUCCAAAAGCGAGAACAGCAGCGGCUCAGCCGAGCUGACGGUGAUGGUCCCACCGUGGUUUUUAAUCCGCCCUUCAAACCUUUACGCCUACGAGAGGACGGAUAUCGAGUUGGAAUGUUCGGUAUCCGGGAAACCGGUGCCGACGGUGGAGUGGAUCAAGAACGGAGAAGUGGUGAUUCCCAGCGAUUAUUUUCAGAUCGUGGGCGGCGGUAACUUACGGAUUUUGGGAGUGGUGAAGUCGGACGAAGGGUUUUAUCAGUGCGUAGCGGAAAACGAAGCGGGAAACGCUCAGGCCAGCGCGCAGCUCAUCGUCCCCCAACCCGUUGUCCCAAGCCCUGGUGUCCUCCCCUCACCUCCUCGAGAUGUUGUCCCCGUUUUGGUCUCCAGUCGCUUUGUCCGUCUUUCCUGGCGACCACCGCUUGAGGUCCACGGCCACAUCCAAACCUACACCGUCUUCUUCUCCAAAGAUGGCAUCAACCGGGAACGCGCCCUCAACACCUCUCAAAGUGGACCACUUCAGGUGACGGUGGGCAACCUCAAACCUGAGGAGACCUACACCUUCCGCGUGGUGGCCUUCAACGAAUGGGGUCCAGGAGAGACCUCUCAACCCAUCAAAGUGGUCACUCAACCCGAACUUCAAGUUCCGGGACCUGUGGAGAACUUCCGAGUGGUUUCCACCACUCCGACGUCUCUUUUGGUUUCUUGGGAUCCACCUUCUUCCCUCCAUUCACCCAUCGAAGGUUAUCGGAUCUUCUGGAUGGAAACCACCACCGGAAGAGAACAGACCGUGGAGGUGGACGGCUUCUCCUAUCGCUUGGAAGGGCUGAAGAAGUUCACCGAGUACACCUUGAGGUCCAUCGCCUACAACCGCUACGGUCCUGGGGUCUCCUCAGAAGAUGUCACCGUCACCACUUUAUCCGACGUUCCCAGCGCGACACCUCAGAACGUCUCUUUGGAGGUGGUCAACUCCAGGAGCAUUAAGGUCUCGUGGUUACCACCACCUCCGGGAACUCAAAAUGGGUUCCUCACGGGUUAUAAAAUCCGUCAUCGCAGAACCUCACGGAGAGGAGAAAUGGAGACGUUGGAACCCAACAACCUCUGGUACUUAUUCACAGGUCUGGAGAAAGGAAGUCAAUACAGUUUCCAAGUGGCCGCGAUGACCAUCAACGGCACCGGACCUUCUUCCGAGUGGAUCACCACCGAAACGCCGGAGAACGAUCUCGACGAAUCCCAAGUCCCCGACCAGCCGAGUUCCCUCCACGUCCGCCCGUUGUCCACCAGCAUCGUCAUGACGUGGACCCCACCGCUCAACCCCACCGUGGGUGUCCGUGGUUACAUCAUCGGUUACGGCGUGGGAAGUCCUUACGCCGAGACCAUCCGCGUGGACCACAAGCAGAGGUUCUACUCCAUCGAGAAGUUGGAGUCCAGUUCCCACUAUGUCAUCUCCUUAAAGGCCUUCAACAACGCCGGCGAAGGAGUUCCUCUCUACGAAAGUGACACGAGGUCCAUCACAGAUCCCGUUGACCCUUUCGAAGUUGACUUUUCUCCUCUUCUCGAUGGUUUCCCCACCGCCGUCCCAGAGAGCUCCACCCCCAUGCUCCCACCAGUAGGUGUCCAAGCGGUUGUCCUCACCCACGACGCCGUCCGUGUCCUUUGGGCGGAGAAUUCCAUCGCCAAAAGCCCAAAGACCACCGAAAUCCGUUUCUACACCGUCCGCUGGAGAAUGAGUUACUCCACCGCCGCCAAAUAUAAGUCCGCAGAUACCACCGCUUUGAGUCAUACGGUGAUGGGGUUGAAGCCCAACACGAUGUACGAGUUCUCCGUGAUGGUCACCAAGGGGAGAAGAUCCAGCACGUGGAGUAUGACGGCCCACGCCACCACCUACGAAGCAGCUCCGUCUUCUCCUCCGAAGGAUCUGACGGUCAUGGGUCGAGAAGGAAAGUCCCGAACGGUGACGGUCAGUUGGGAACCACCUCUGGAGGCCAACGGGAAGAUCACCGCUUAUGUCCUCUUCUACACUUUGGAGAAGAACGCUCCCAUCGAUGAGUGGUUUAUGGAGUCCAUCAACGGCGAUCGUCUCACCCAUCAGGUGAUGGACCUCCAUUUGGACACCAUCUACUACUUCCGUAUCCAAGCUCGGAAUUCCAAAGGCGUUGGACCUCUUUCCGAUCCCAUUUUCUUCCGGACUUUGAAAGUGGACCAUCCGGAUAAAAUGGCCAACGAUCAAGGUCGUCACGGAGACGGAACCUUUUGGCCGGUGGACACCAAUCUCCUCGACCGGAGCAGUUUGAACGAGCCACCCAUCGGGCAGAUGCAUCCGCCCCACGGCAGCGUCACUCCUCAGAAGAGCAAUAACCUCUUGGUGGUGGUGGUGGUGACCGUUGGGGUCCUCACGGUGGUGGCGGUGGGGGCGGUGGUGGCGGCGGUGGUCAUCUGCAACAGAAGGUCUUCGGCGCAACAGAGGAAGAACCGGAGCAGUCACAGCGUCGGGAAACGCAAAGGGAGUCAAAAGGAUCUGAGACCUCCGGAUCUUUGGAUCCACCACGAGGAGAUGGAGCUGAAGAACAUGGAGAAAGGUUCCACUACGGAAGGGACCACCGGAGAGUCUCCGAGACAGAGCUGUCAGGACCUCACGGCCGUCGGUCACAGCCAAUCGGAGACCCAACUGGGCCCCAAGAGCGCUCCUCAACCCGGUCCCGAAGGAGAAGACGUCGGGGGGACAAUGUCCACCUUAGAGAGGUCCUUGGCCGCUCGUAGGGCCACUCGGGCCAAACUGAUGAUCCCUAUGGAGACCCAACCAAGCGCCAACCCUGGGGUCGUCAGUGCUAUUCCGGUUCCGACGUUGGAAAGCGCUCAAUAUCCCGGAAUUCUUCCGUCUCCGACGUGCGGUUAUCCUCACCCUCAGUUUACUCUUCGGGCGGUGCCUUUCCCGACGCUGGCGGUGGAGAGGACCUUCGGAGGAGGAAGAAGUGGCAACGAAGGAGCAUCGAGUCACCAAAGCGCGUUGGUCCCUCAAAGCCAAGCGGACCAUCCCAGCGGGGAGGACGCGCCCAGCAGGACCAUCCCCACCGCCUGUGUCCGCCCCACCCACCCCUUGAGGAGCUUCGCCAACCCCUUGUUACCUCCACCCAUGAGUGCCAUUGAACCCAAAGUCCCCUACACACCUCUGCUCAGCCAACCAGGUUCCUCUCUUCCCAAGGCGCCCCUGAAGACGGCGUCUCUGGGUUUGCCCAAAUGCCGAUCUCCUCUCCUCCCGGUCUCCGUUCCCACGGCUCCUCCGGAAGCCCCAGAAGAAGGCCACAAACCCACCGACGACACCACCAACGUCUACGAACAGGAUGACCUCAGCGAGCAGAUGGCCAGCUUGGAAGGGUUGAUGAAGCAACUCAACGCCAUCACGGGGUCGGCCUUCUGAAAGCCCUGCAAGAAAGAAGGGUGAAGGCCAGAAGAUCCCAGGAUGGCAUCCACCACAAAGCACCUCAGAAGAUCUUCAUCUCAUUGGGUUCAGCUUCAUUGGGUUCAUCUUCAUCUCAGUGGGUUCAUCUUCAUCUCAGUGGGUUCAUCUCCAUCAGCUUGGACCUCAUGGAGGCCACCGGCAUCAUCAUGGAGGUCAUCAUGAUCAUGGAGACCACCAUCAUGACAGUGGAGACCACCACCAUGACCAUAGAGGUCACCACAAUGACUAUUGAGGUC